AUGAGAUGUUUCCAUAUGCUUUAUUGGGUUAUCGAACGACUGUCAGAAUGUCAAGUGGAGCUACUCCAUACUUUGCUGGUGUAUGGAACAGAAGCAGUCAUACAAACUGAAGUUGAGAUACCGUCUAUGAGAAUCAUCCGAGAAGAAGAAUUAAGUAAUGCUAAGUGGGUCAGCAAGCGCAUUGGUCAAUUAACGUUGAUUAAUGAGAGGAGAAUGGUUGUUGUUUGUCAUAGACAGUUAUAUCGACAAAGGAUGACUGGUGCAUUCCACAAGAGAGUAAGAGUUAGAAAUUUUGAAAUCGGUCAGUUAGUACUUAAGCACAUUUUCCCUCACAAGGAUGAGUACAAAGGAAAAUUUGCACUAAAUUGGCAAGGACCCUACGUGGUUCGAAAAGUAUUAUCUGGAGGUGCUUUGGUCCUGUCAGAUAUGGAUGACACCGCAUGGCCGAAACUGAUCAACUCAGAUGAUGUCAAGAGAUACUAUGUGUGA